AUGGGUAGAGCGCACGGCCAAGGCUGCCAAGCCGAGGAGUGCACGAGAUGCUCGCCAACCCAUCACCGCGACCGAAGCCAACCGCAAAGGGAUCGAUUACGUCGUCAAGAGGAUGGCCUAGUACUAGGCUUGUCGAGCAGCCUUCUGAAGGAUUCCGCCGGCCAUGGCGACGAACUCUCGGGAGUGAGACGCGAAUUGGAGAACCAGAUCAUCGAUCUCUACAAAGCGCUCCUCUCGGAUGAGACCACGAACACCACGGAUUCUAUCGCGGCUACCGGGAGGUCUGCUGUCCAGAUUGGAAAUAGCUAUGGCAUCCGGAGUGUCUUCGACGACUGA